AAGUGUUUGGAGAUAGUGGUUACGUUAAAAUAUAGUAAAACUAAUUUCAUAAUGUUCUGGGCAGUCUACGGUGCUUGCCUUCAUACUUGAAGGUCUCUGGUUCGAUUCCAAACGAGGGUAAAAAAUCCGCUCAAGAAGUGCUUCCAAAUCGAACAUGACCAAAUGAUAUGAUCCUACACUUGGAGAGAAUAUAUCAACAAAUUAUCAACUAAAACGGCAUUAUAGAAGAAUAAACUGUGUGACAGAUCAUGUCGAAUGAAAUUAUUGACCUCACUAAGGAUAACUUUGACUACUUUGUCACAUCAAGUCCCAAAUUAUGGCUGGUGAAGUUCUACGCACCUUGGUGCCCUUAUUGCACAAACUUUACCAGUGAUUACGAAAAGAUUGCCCAAAUGAUUACGGGGGUAGCUAGUAUCGGCAGAGUGAACGGCGACCAAAAUAUGCCACUAAUGCAAAAAUACGGGUUGAAGGGAUACCCAAGCUUAUUAAUCUUCCACAAGGACAAAAACUCACCCAUCUCUUACGACGGACCGAGGACUGUGGAGGAUGUUGUGAAGAAAGUAAUAGAUGUUGUGAAGACUAUAAAGUAAUGUGGCAACAUCCUGAGUGAUAGUAAUUUGUUAUUACUUUUGAAUCGGACAAAGUAGGAGUGAAUAAUUCAAGACGUUCAAGAAGGUGUCAAUCAAAAACCAAUAUGAUUUUGACAGUGGUAAAAGUAUUUCGACUGGGUUAUUUUUCUAAUCUACCUACGAUAGAAA